GGAUCAAUCUAAGAGCAGAACAAUCACAGCAGAGUCUGAAAUAACUUCACGUGCUUUGCUGAGGACCUACGGAAGUGCCAAGAGGAAGUGAGGAUGGAGGCAGGGAUGAAUGUCCUCCAUGACUUUGGGAUCCAAUCGACCCGUUACCUCCAAGUAAAUUAUAAAGACUCCAAGGACUGGUUCAUCUUGGUCUCGAUGCUUGCAGAUCUCAGGAAUGCCUUCUAUGUCCUCUUUCCCAUUUGGUUCCAUGUUCGAGAGGCUGUAGGCAUCAAACUUCUCUGGGUGGCUGUGAUUGGAGACUGGCUCAAUUUGGUUUUUAAGUGGAUUCUUUUUGGACAGCGUCCGUACUGGUGGGUAUUAGACACUGACUACUACAUAAAUACAUCUGUGCCUGUGAUAAAGCAGUUUCCCAUCACCUGUGAGACUGGUCCAGGUAGUCCUUCGGGCCAUGCCAUGGGUGCAGCAGGUGUAUACUAUGUGAUUGUCACAUCCAUCCUCUCCCUUACUCGUGGAAAAAAGAAACCAACUUUCAGGUUCCGGUGUCUGCAUGUGCUUCUGUGGUUGGGGUUCUGGGCUGUGCAGCUCAAUGUCUGUCUGUCCCGAAUCUAUCUUGCUGCCCAUUUCCCUCAUCAGGUUGUUGCUGGAGUCUUCUCAGGUAUUGCUGUUGCUGAAAUGUUCCGCCAUAUCCAGAGCAUCUACAAUGCCAGUCUCAAGAAGUAUUUUGUGAUCACCUUCUUCCUGUUUAGCUUUGCCAUUGGAUUUUACCUGAUGCUGAAGGGAUUGGGGAUUGACCUCCUGUGGACCCUUGAGAAAGCCAAGAGGUGGUGUGAGAGGCCAGAAUGGGUCCAUAUUGACACCACCCCCUUUGCCAGUCUGCUCAAGAACCUUGGGACCCUUUUUGGCCUGGGCCUGGCCCUCAACUCCAAUAUGUACAAGGAAAGUUGCAAGGGAAAACAGAACAAGCAGCUCCCCUUCCGCCUGUGUUGUAUCGUGGCCUCGCUGAUCAUCUUGCAUCUUUUUGAUACUUUCAAACCCCCAUCCCAGGUGGAGAUGCUGUUCUACGUGCUGUCUUUUUGCAAAAGUGCAGCGGUACCUCUGACAUCGGUUAGCUUUAUCCCUUACUGCUUCUCCCGGAUCCUGGGCCAGUCCGAGAAGAAAUUUUUAUAGUGGACCUGGGGAUUUGAGUAUUCAGUACAGAUGAAUUGUACCACUUAGGGUAAGUGGUAUUCUGGGAGAGCCUACGCUGUGGCCACAGGUUCAGGAGCCAGACCACUGGCUCUCUUCUCAUUAGAAUCCUAAAUCCUUCCGUGUGGCGAUUCUUUGAGAGCUAGUGAGGUUUCAGAGAGUCCUGCAAAAUUCCAGAGAACAUCUCUGACUAAAAGAGACUGUUAGCCCUCGACACUCUCAUGAAGGCACGUUACUUUUAUUCUGUCCAAUCCACAGUCAAAGAACUUCCAGAUGAGACAGGCCUCACCAGUCCCGACUACCAGAGUUCUAGUUGGGGAAUCCACUUGUGAAGUUUUCUAGGAGAUGUCUACUCAUGAUGAGAGAAGGAAGAGGGAACAGAUUGGUGGGGAAAGAAGUAGAGACUGCAGAGAAUUUCUGAGGAUUCUACACAUCAGAUAUACCAAAAAAAAAUCAUUAUCUGAAUAGCACCAAUUAGUUUGAAUCACCUAAGUGAAGGAAUUUUCCUAAUGGGGAUCAGCCUGCAAGAAUGAUACAUAAGCAGCAAGAGAAAUAAUUCUUCUUAUCUUUUUUUUUCCUGAAUGGGUAUAUGGUCAACAUACUACUAGUAUCAGUGUUUUUAAAAGCUGAGAUGGGCUAAAUACCCUCCCUGGGUCAGAAUAUCCAGCCCAAUUUCAUUUGCCCUUGAUUACACCUAUUAAUAACAUUGUUAUUUUUAAUAAAUUCUAUUGAUGCAA